GACCAUGUUAGGCCACCACUACCCGAAUGCUGACAAGUCGCAGCAACUGGCCAACUACGUGGAAGAUUAUCUGGAAUGCGUGGAGUCCCUGCCCUUGGACAUACAAAGAAAUGUUUCCGUGCUACGGGAAAUCGACGCAAAGUAUCAAGAAGUGCUGAAAGAGGUGGACGAAGUAUUUGAGAGGUACAAGGCAGAGCAGGAUGGCGCUCAGAGAAAGCGGCUGCAAGUCCAGCUGCAACGGGCGCUCAUCGUCAGCCAGGAGCUGGGUGAUGAGAAGAUCCACGUGGUGACCCAGAUGACCGAGCUGGUGGAGAACCGCUCCCGCCAGAUGGACUCCCAUUCCCUGUGCCUCCAGGAGCCCUGCGAUCCCGAACACGUGGCGACGGAGCGGCGCGCUAACAUCCAGGAGACGGCCGUCGCACCCGUGGCCCCCGCCGCCGCCGCCUCCGCCCCCGAACGCGCCUUGGCCCGCCGCCCGCGGCGCCAGCGCAACAGCGAGAGCCGAGACUCCAACCACCCGUCGGCCAACGGCUCGGCGGCGGACGACGCCGCCGAGGAUCCGCCCCUCCCGCUUCCCAGAGAGAAGAAGUCCAAGUCGGCCAAGAAGAAGAAGCGCAAGUCCAAGCAGGAGCGGGACGCCUCGCCGGUGGAUUUCGCCAUCGACCCAAACGAGCCCACCUACUGUUUGUGCGAGCAGGUGUCUUACGGCGAGAUGAUCGGCUGCGACAACGACCAGUGCCCCAUCGAGUGGUUCCAUUUCUCCUGCGUUGGCCUGACCUACAAGCCGAAGGGCAAGUGGUACUGCCCCAAAUGCAGAGGGGACAGUGAAAAGACGAUGGACAAAAGCCUGGACAAGAACAGGAAAGACCGCCGGUCAAGGUAGUGACCCACCGGCGGCGGCAUAGGACAUGACGAGCACAAUCGAACAUGGCCGCUUAAGACUCACCGAGGACACUGUGCGGUGAUGCCUUCAUCGAGCCAUUUUUGACGUAUGGAAAAAAAAUAAAUAAAUACAACUCGAGCAUCCCCGUUUUUGUAGCAGAGCAUCCUUUCAUUGUGGACGUGGUCCUUCUUUACAAUCUACUGCUACUGCCUUGUGUAUGAAUAAAGUUGUCCGUGUUCA